AUGAAUCAGUGGAACUCGCUGCCGCUACGAGGCAGUCUGGCCACAGAGGACAUGGCUCAGGCACAGAAGGAGCGUGGCAAUGCUUUGUAUCAUCCAAUGUCGUCUCCUCUACUGAAGACCAAGGUGGUGAACAAUCAGCAGCAGAUUCGAGACAACAAGCGCCAGGAAAGACUCCGACAACAAAGGGAGGAAAGGCACAGCAGAGAGAGCGACGAGGAUUACCAAAAGCGACUUCAACAGCAAGCCGAGGCUUUCCAGGUCGAUGUGGAUACUUUGGUAGAUGAGGAGCAGGAACAGCACUACCAGGAAAGUGGGCAUCCCCAGGACCCCGAACAGUAUGAGGAAGAGCUCGAAGAUUACCUAACAGAGGCCGAUCUCGAACUAGAAGCCCAACUCAAAUCAAUGAACAUUACAUGA